CAUGGUAUAAGGUAGAGAAAGCUUUUAUUUGAGUCGUCUGUAGCGUUCGCGCUGCUUUAGUUAGUUGCCGCGCUGCUGUAUUAUGCUUAAUUCCCUCGAAAAAAGAUAGUGCAAUAUCGUGGGAGUACAAACACUCACUGACACACACAUGGAAAAGAUUGGAUGCAGCGUUAUGGCGUUCGCUGUGAUAGCUUCUUUGCUCCUGCCGCCGCCGCCGCCGCAAUCGUCUGGUGUCGCGGCGACAUCGAUGGCGGUGGCCGGAACCGGCCCGGGGAGUAACUGCACCAGGAGCUGCGGCAACAUCAGCAUCCUGUACCCGUUCGGCGUAGAGCCCGGCUGCUACCACGCCACCGGCUUCAACCUCUCAUGCCACCAGCAAGAGAACCCGCCGAUGCUGUUCAUCGGAGAUGGCACCGUGCAGGUACUUGAGAUCUCGCUCCCCAACGCUGCCGUGCGCAUCAACAGCACCCGCGUGGACUUGUUGUUCAAUGGCACAAACACCACCGUGAAUGGAACAUGGGGGGCCGGCCUCCCACAGGGCGGGAAUUACUUCCUGGCGGCGGACUCAUCAACGAACAAGAUGGUGGUUGUAGGCUGCAGUGUCCAGGUCAACCUCCAGAGUGGAGAGGACAGCGGUUUUGUCAGCUCUUGCUCUACCAUUUGCCCGGGUACGGCUGGCAGCGGCAGCAGGAACCAGCACUCAAAAUAUGUCUGGACCGGCGGUGAUUGCAGUGGUCUUCACUGCUGUCAAGCAAAUAUCCCUCUGGGCUACUCGUUUUACCACCUUCACGGAUCAUCGUCCGCUGGUAAUAAUAAAGUUUCUGUCUACGUGACUGACAGUGUUUAUAGUUCUAGCCGGAACAAGUUUGGGGCGACAAUAUUUCCUGAAGCGCUCCCGGCCACGCUGGACUGGGUAAUCAAUGAAUCGGAAUGUCCGGCAAAUGGAUCUGCCCCUGAGUGCCUCAGUGCCAACAGCUCUUGCCAGGGCUCAGUUUCUAGUAUUGGCUUCGGUGUCCGUUCUCGUGGCUAUGUAUGCUCCUGCUCUUAUGGUUAUCAGGGCAAUCCAUACAUUCCCGGUGGCUGUCAGGAUAUGGAUGAGUGCAAAGGAGAUACCAACCCAUGCGAUGGCGAUUGCAAGAAUACAGUAGGAGGCUAUACAUGCAGAUGCCCAAGUGGCUAUAAAGGGAAUGCUUAUGUUCCAAACGGAUGCGAAGACAUUAACGAGUGUGAGGAACCAGAAACAUACUCGUGCUAUGGAACGUGCCUCAAUUUUCCUGGAACCUUUCAGUGCCGUUGUCCUAAUGGAACCAAUGGGAAUCCUUUUGCAAAAGGAGGUUGCAUGAUAAUCAGAAAUUCCAACACAGGUUUAACAAUCGGGCUCGGUGUUGGGAUUGGAACAAGUAUUUUGGUUGUAGCACUAGGUGCUCCCAUCAUAACACGUAAAAUCAAGCUACGAAAGAUGAAAAAGAUGAGACAGAAGUAUUUCAACCAAAAUCAUGGGUUACUAUUGAAGCAAUUGAUAUCACAGCAUGCAGAUAUCGGGGAAAGAAUGAUCGUUACCCUAAGGGAGCUAGAGAAGGCUACAAACAACUUUGACAGAGCUCGUGUGAUUGGUGGAGGAGGGCAUGGUGUCGUAUUCAAAGGAAUUCUUGACUUACAUGUUGUGGCAAUCAAGAAAUCAAAGAUCAUGGUGCAAAGGGAAAUUGAUGAAUUCAUAAAUGAAGUUGCCAUACUUUCCCAAGUAAACCAUAGAAAUGUUGUUAAACUCAUAGGAUGUUGCUUUGAGACAGAAGUUCCAUUACUAGUCUAUGAGUUCAUCUCAAAUGGAACACUUUAUCAACAUCUUCACGUCGAAGGACCAGAAUCACUAUCAUGGGUUGAUAGAAUAAGGAUUGCACUUGAAGUGGCUAGAGCUAUAUCGUAUUUACAUUCAGCUGCUUCUAUUCCAAUAUUUCAUAGAGAUAUCAAGUCCUCUAACAUACUUCUUGAUGAUAGUUUAAUAGCAAAAGUAUCAGACUUUGGAGCCUCGAGGUAUGUACCAAUUGAUCAAACAGAACUAACUACAGCCGUUCAAGGAACAUUGGGUUAUUUAGAUCCUAUGUAUUAUUAUACAGGCCGGCUAACAGAAAAGAGUGAUGUCUUCAGUUUUGGUGUUCUUCUUAUAGAACUGCUUACUAGAAAGAAACCAUUUGUCUACAGAUCUGUUGAUGGUGACAGUCUUGUUUCACAUUUUGAGAAGCUGCUCGCAACAAGUAAUUUGGCUGGUAUAAUUGAUCUUCAAGUCAUGGAGGAGGAAGAUGGAGAUGUCCAAGAACUAGCUACACUUGCAGCAACAUGUACUAAAUUAAGAGGAGAAGAUCGGCCUACGAUGAGGGAAGUAGAGAUGACACUUGAAAACUUAUUUGUUAAGAAGAAGGUUGUCGAAUGCGUUACAAUACCUGGGAGAAAUGAGGUUCAAACUCACAUCUCGACUCAACAUGUAGUUGUUAGCACAAGCAGACAAUACACUAUGGAAGCGGAGAUAUUGUUGUCGGCAAGCUACCCCCGAUGAAAUGUGCAGUUAUGGACAGCGAUGAACAUCAUUCUUGCUUCUAAACUAUUCCGUACAUCUUCUAGGCGGAUGAAUUUGCUUGCUUGUUGCUCUCACAUAUUUCUUUCACGAGUACUGUAAAGAAAGUAGUACUAUGCAGUUGUGCUUUGUGAUUAUCACUUGUCAUUAACCGAAAUGUUAUUAAUCUGUUUUCCGGUUUGCUGUAAGGACCAGGGAGUUAGAAGCAGAGUAAUGGAUGUGUCUCUCUGUUCUUGAGAUAAUGUUACUCCGUGGUCCAUAUAUGUAAUCAUGCAAGGU